AUGUACAGCAGUGGGACAUCACCUUGCUGCGACUUCCACGACGUGCCAGGCAUGAGGCUGUACAACACAACCACCGUCUUCAUUAUGACACACCCCACCAUCCGGCCUCGGGUGGCCAGGAUGCUGAAGGCCGGAGGAAUCAACGCCGCAUUCCUUGACUUGUCGGACCUCAUGUCUAUCAACAUGGAAGCCGCACGGCCACUGCGCAGCCCGAUGUCUUUUUCCCUGCUUGCGAUUGUGGAGGAGGCUGUGGCGGCGGAUGCGAGGGCGUUCCUGGGCACUGCGGAGAGCAGCAUGACCGGCAUGAUCGUGCAGACACCUUACCAUUCGUAUACUGCGUUCCUGCAUUGGCUGGACAUCAACCCCCCAAAUGAUCUCACCUUGCCUGUACACUCACCAGCGCCUGCACCCAUCCACGCCAUGUCCCCAGGAGCGGAUUGCCCGAGAGCUCAACCCCAGGCAUUGCUACUUCUUCUCUCCACGCCCUAG